CCGACGAAAUCACCGCAGACCGCAAUUGAUGAUUUCUGGGAAGGGUUCAACACUAAGUAUCCUGGUGAGGUCGUGACGGUAUUACCGAGCAAAUUUCAUGCGAGACGGGUUGCAGAAAAUGUUCCCAGAGGCGCAGUCCUUGCGGAAAGCGCGACAACGUCCUUCGAAGAAGCCAAGGCCAUCUGUAAGGCCAAGGUGGAGAAAAUUGCAAGAGAGUGCCGUCGCGUCAAUCAGAAAUAUAGAGACCCGCAUUUUGAUAUCGAAUUCGAUUUCAAACGUGGCCGCCGUUAUUGCUUGGAUGGAUUAGUCAAGGAUUGCUUAAAUCUCAGCCCGAAAUCCGUGAAAAGAGUUGAGGACAUUUUUGAGAACCCCCAGUUUUAUAUUAACGGCCCCACGGCGAGCGAUGUGAGACAAGGGGGGAAUGGCGAUUGUUGGUUUCUGGCAGCAUUGUGCACCUUGUCUAAUAAGGAAGAGUUGCUGUCGAAUAUUUGCGUCGCGAGAGACGAGCAGGUCGGUGUUUACGGGUUUGUGUUUCACCGAGACGGCGAAUGGAUCUCGGAAAUCAUUGAUGACAAGCUCUAUCUUACAAAAGUCGAUUAUGAUGCAAUGUCAGAGCAAGAGCGAUACAACUGGAGCGAAAUCAAUCGCGCGGAUACCGAGGAAGAGUGGAAGAAAACCUAUCAGUCGGGCUCUGCUGCGUUGUAUUUUGCACAGUGCAGCGAGCAGAAUGAAACAUGGCUUCCGCUGCUUGAGAAGGCAUAUGCGAAGGCACACGGGGAUUUUGGCGCCAUUGAAGGAGGGUUUGUUGGGGAAGCAAUUGAAGAUUUGACUGGAGGAGUGACCACGGAGCUUUUCACUUCGGACAUAUUGGACAAAAACAAGUUUUGGAAAGAGGAAUUAAUGAAUGUCAACAAGACUUUUCUCUUUGGCUGUGCCACCGGCUACUUUGGAGAAUGGGCAUUCAAGCGUGGCAUCGUAGCAACGCACGCUUAUUCUAUCAUGCAGGCACGGGAGGUCAAAGGGCACCGCCUUCUGUUGCUGAGAAACCCUUGGGGAGAAACAGAAUGGAACGGCGCGUGGAGCGACGGGUCAGCGGAAUGGACCCCUGAAAUGAUGACUGAACUCGGACAUUCGUUUGGCAAUGAUGGGGUGUUUUGGAUAUCGUAUGAAGACCUUCUUCGCAAAUACCAACAACUGGACAGAACUCGUCUAUUCGGCCCGGGAUGGAAUGUCGCGCGACAAUGGACCAGUUUAGAAAUCCCAUGGACCGUUGGUUACCAUGACACGAAAUUCCGAGUGACAUUGGAAAAAGACAGUCAAGCGGUGAUUGUCUUGACGCAGCUGGAUAGUCGAUACUGGAGGGGCCUCGAAGGCCAAUAUCGAUUUACCUUACAGUUUCGGCUUCACAAAGAAGGAGAAGAGGACUACAUAGUCCGAAGUCAUGGGAAUUACAACAUGACUCGAUCAGUAAGCACUGAGCUCGAACUCGAAGCUGGCUCUUAUUUAGUGUUGCUUAAAAUCAUCGCGACUCGCUACUCAAAUGCUUCGACUGCGGAACAUGUUCUCAAAACCACUUGUAAAGACAAGAGAGAUAAAUUGCUUCAAAUUGGUCUCUCGUACGAUCUUGCACAUGCCAAAGGGCAAACAAAGGAGACGGAGAAAGAGAAAGAGGAGCGGGAAAAAAGGGAAAAGCUGAAAAAGAAGCUGGAAAAGAAGCGGAAGCUGGAACAAAAGCGCAAGGCUAAGGCUGAGGGAAAGGAACUGAAGAGGAAGGAAAAGGCCAAGGCGAAGAAAAAGGAGGCCAAAGCCAAGGCGAAGGAGGCCAAAAAGCAGGAGAAGGCGCAGCGGAAAUUGGCGAAGGCGGCAAAGAAGGCCACAAAUGAUGGUCUUCGGGCGAGUGGCAAAGGCGCAGAGCAAGCAAGCACGUCAUCCCACACUUCAGGAGAUGCCAUUCUCACACCGCCAGACGUCGCCGAACAGCAGGCUCAUGAAAUGGAAAAGCCGUCCAGCUCUUCUGCACACUCGACUACUGUUGCCGAGGAGAAGAAAGAUGGCGACGCUAAAAGCCCAGCCAACGCUGAUUCUGACUCUGAAUCUGAGAGUGAUGAUAAUUCAUCCGAAUCCUCAGAUGAGUCCGAGUCUGAAGCCCCAGCUACAGCGUCGGAUGCCUCUAAACCGGAGGAGAACCCGUCUGAGAAAAACGGUGACGACAAGGCAGAAGACGAUGAAGAUGACGACUUCAAGAAGGACCCGUGGAAUGCAGUCUCCGUAGUCGGUCUUCGCGUCUUCACAAAGGAUUCAAAUGCGACUGUGGAAAUUGUCAGGCCUCCACCCGAAGACGAGAUUAUAAACGCAUUGGAUCUGGAUGAUGCCGCAGUUGAUGCGACG